GAACGAUAUAGCUUACCGCUUCUCGAUUCCAGUCACUCAGAACACACGCAGGUCCAUACGCCUCUACAGAGACAGUCCAAUCUCUGCCACUUCCCGUCAAGCUCCUUUCGGGGACAUCUCUGAAUCACAGCCAGGUCACAGCUUAGACAGUUGCCCUUCUUUCACUUGAAGAAAUAUCCAUCACUUUCUCUGUGCGGGCCAAUUUUCCCAGAGAAAAAAGAAACCCCCCAACGAUCAAGAUGGCGCCUACAUUCCCGAAUCUCACGAUUGACUCACCGCCAUCGGCUCCCGGCGUGCACGUCAUCACCAUGCGCAAGGCGCCCGAGAACCGGCUGAACCAGGCGUACGCGCAGACCAUCAUCGCGGCGCUGCGCUACAUCGAGAGGGAGCUGAUGCAGCCCGACGCGCCCGGGGCGGUCAUCAUCUCGUCCUUCUCGGACAAGUUCUGGUGCACGGGCCUGGAGCUGGACGAGUCCGACUCCAACAUCUUCGCCAACGCCGACGGCUUCUACCCGCUGCUGGCCACGCUGGUGGACUACCCGUACCCGACCGUCGCGCUGAUCACGGGCCACACCUUCGGCGGGGCGUGCCCGUUCAUGCUCUCCUGCGACUACCGGAUCAUGAACAGCAAGCGCGGCUUCAUCAGCAUGCCCCCGGUCAACCUGGGCCUGCACUUUGACGGCAUCGGCGCCCUGCCGCGCCUCAAGCUCGCGCCCAAGAUCGCCCGCAAGAUGCUCCUCGAGGCCCACAAGUGGACCGGAGAGGGCGCCCUGAAGGACGGCAUCGUCGACGAGAUCUGUGAGCCGGAUAAGAUGAGGGAGAGGGCCGUCGAGUUUGCAAAGACCAUCGCUCCCCGCGCCACCAUGGGCGUCUAUGGCUUGUUGAGGGCCGAGUUGUGGGGGGAGGCGCUCGACAAGUUCAAGGCCAUCAGCUACGUGCACAGGAAGAGGGUUGGCACUGCUGCAAAAGCUAAGAUCUAGAU